AUGCUAAAUUGUUGCACUUGCCUUACUUAUGUUAUCAUCGUACUUAAUUUAAUCAACUAUUUAUUUGCAAACACUAAUAUGGAAUAUAGAUGGAGUCAGUGGUCUGCAACACCUCUUACUUGUUCUGUUACCUGUGGUAGCGGAGUGAGAUGUCGUGUUCGAAGUUGUAUUGAUGGAUAUGGUACUGUACAAGCAACCACAACAAGAUGUCAGAGUACAGAUAUAUAUCACUCUCAAGCUAAAGAAUGUAUUCCAUGUUUUGUUAAUGUUCACUGUCCACGUAUCCCGGGUUGGGGAAUAUGGGGUCCAUGGUCAUCAUGUGUUCCGAUCGAAGGUAAUCAAGAAGUCGGGAGACAAGGAUGUCGAACUGGAAGUAAAACCCGAUACCGACUGUGUGAUAGUCCUCCACCAGAACCACCACCACAUGGCUUAAAUUGUUCUGGUCCUAAUCAACAAAUUCUACAAUGUAGUUAUGAUUGUGUUGACAGAACUGAUAGUACUCCUGACAAUAUUGCUAAUAAGAUAUCUUUUCAAAAUAUUCUACGAAAACAUGUUAGUCAAAAAGUUCUAAUGGACUGUGCAACACCAGCUUACAAUCUUGCUAAAAGACUAUCUCUGCGAGGCAUCAAUAAAACUGCCAGUAGAGCAUUGAAAGGUAGAUCUUUCUCAAUAAGAUGGCUAAAAAAUGGCAAACCUAUAAACUUAGCCAACCCUAGUUCAAACGUUCUAUCUAAAGAGCUACUCAAAGCAAAAAACAUUAUCAACUAUGAAAAAAGAAUAGCUGAUGAAGAAAUCAGAUGGAACCUAUUGCUUGACACUUCUUCAAUCUAUAUGGAAGAUACACACCUGAUUUUUCCAAGUAUACAACAAGGUGAUCAAGGUUUUUAUACAUGUCAAAUGAAGGUUGGUAAAAAUAAAUGGAAUAUAAUUUUCUAUACAUUGAUUGUUACCGGAACAAAAUAUGUUGCCCUAGAUGGUAAUCCUUUUUAUCUUCAUUCAAAUUUAGGCUAUUCUAAUUCAUUAAAUGAUAUGAGUGUAUGGAUGGAAUCGGCUCAGAUUGUUUGGCAGUUGAACGGUCAUGAAUACAGUCGUGGUUUAGCCAUACGACUAAAUCGACGUAUUCAAUUAAUUUCUCAUUUGAAUUUAACACAUCAAGGCACAUGGAAAUGCUUUCUAUGCAUUCCAGCUUAUAGCCUACCAAGUCAAGUUGGUAAUCCACGGUCAUCAAUCAGUAGAAUAUAUUUAACUAAUGAAUUCCAUUUAAAAAUUAACCCAACACAAAAUAUUUUAUGGCAAAUCAGUGAAUAUCCCCCAACGGUUAGAACACUGAGACAAACAGCUCUUACUGUAUCAUUAAUCGGUUUAUUUUUAGUACUAACUAUAUUUCUUAGUAUAUGGGCUGCACGACGUUGGACAACACGAGCCUUAACAAUUGAUCAACAGAAAGCUAUUAUCCAAGAAAUUGUCGACAAUGAAUGUAGACUACUGUUAACGUGUAAAAAACGUGCAACUAUUAAUAAAAACAAAUUAUUACCAUUGAUCUUACAAGAAAGUCAACGUUUACAGAAAACAAGUAAAUUUCUAGGUGUAUUACGUAGACGAAGGACAUCAAGAUUGGGUAGUCGAAGAGUGAUGCGUAAAGCUACGCGUAAAAUGAGUUUUCCUCCGAAGUCAAGACCUAGUGCACAUGCUUCGAAGUUUAUACCAUUCGGUUGUAACUCAAAUUCUUUGAAAAUUUUACCGUUAUCAACACCCACAACUUUAACAUCACCGAAAAAAUCUCAUGUAAAGUUUGAAAAGAAUGAAAAUGUAUAA